CUUCAUGAUCAGUUUGACAGCGGUACCAACAUUGUCAAUAACCAUACCGACACGACUUGGUUUGGCGAUUGCUAAAGCACGUCGUCAAGUGUUCGGUAUAGUCAGGUCAUCAUAUUAGUCUCCUUCUAUAAAAAUCCACAUUGUCUCACAAAAAGAUCGGGCCACCUUGCCCCUAUGACCUUUGGAAUCAAAGGGGGCGGUGUGGGGGUGGAAGGGGGUGGGUCCAAUGAUUUGCUAUACGUUAGUCCGUAAUAAAAUAUUUUGUACUCCUGUAGGAUUAUUGUGGCUUUAACAUCCUAAAAAGAACAAGUUAUUGAAAUGCAUAUGCUCCACGCAGGGAAUGUGGUCCAUGAUGUGACACAACAACAUCCUACUAGCUAAUGGCCCAUGCAUUGCAACAAGCGCGUAUUUUAGUGGUUCAAAAUCAAUCUUGUUUGACACUCCGUUCCUUUAUAUAAGGUGUAUUAUUUUUGACACGGUGACCAAGGCACAUAAUUAUAGAGAUGUUAGGACGAAAUUACCCUUGGCAAAUUUGUUGGUUAGUGGCAAGUAAAUCAGUGGGUCCAGAAAAGUAAGGGAUACAUGCAAUCGAGAGAGAUACUUUCCUUCUUUUUCUACAAGAAGAGAUGCAUGCAAUCGGGAGAAAGAUGUUUUUUUUAGGGCUAAAAGGGGGAUUACGAGGAUUUAGAAAAAAUGCAUCUUACAUUGUGUAAUUUUAUCAAAAAGCAAAUACACCUUAUAUAAAGAAACGGAGGGAGUACCUUACAUCAAUUCUGGUAACAUUUAAUUUGAUGGGAUUUUGGUUUAGUUGAGAUUUUUAUAAGAUUAAAUUCGAUUUGAUUUAAUUUGCUUCGAUUGAGUUAAUACAAGACCUGUUUUCGAAAAGUAUUGAUUUAUGUUGGGUUUUUUUUUUCUAUGUCAUCUUUUGGGGUUACAAAAAACCAACAGAAAACCAUGGAACGUGGGAGGAAAAAACACAGUGGGUGGUGGAGACGAGGGAACUAACUCCUCUUGUAGAGAUAGAUAGAGAUGUUUUCCACGUUAGAAAUGUGACUUGUGGUGCAUGGUCCUUGACUUAAAACGGCUCCCUCACUCUUCCCUUUAAUUUCCUUUAUUACUAAAGAAAAGGGCCGGUUUAUAGAGUGCUGCCAGCACAAAUCAAGGAGACUCUGUUCCUCGGAAAAGGGACACACCACAAGGACGCAGCAAAGAAACCAAGGCGAAAAACUUCCGCAGUGGUGUUCCUAACAAUAGGGAUUUCAUCGUUUGAUUCUUUGUGCGCGGCAAUAUCGCUGCCGCGCAUCGUUUGAUUCGUUUCUUGAAAAUUUGUCUGGCUGUCCGCGGCAAUGGCGAUGCCGCGCAGCGCGCCGGCGGAGCCAGAUGAAAGUGCGUCGCGCACGAAGCUCCUCGUCGGCGGCAUCGCUGCCUUCCUGCUCCUCGCCAUUAUCAUCGGCACGGCGGCGUUCAUCGUGUCGGAGAGGGCCGAGGACGAGGGGGACACGGACAAGAAAGCGAUGGCCGCCACGAUGCGCACCGUGGACCUCUUCUGCUCGCCCACGGACUACCAGGCCACGUGCAAGGAGACGCUGACCAAGCCGCUGGAACGUUCUAACAACCAGGUCGACCACCCGCACGCCGCCGCCGCCGCCGCCAUCACCGCCGUCGGCCGGGAGCUCGCGCGCGGCUUCAACGAGUCGUCGCUGCUGGAGGCCGUGCGCCAGAGCAACGACACGCUGGUCCACGAGGCCCUGCUCGACUGCAAGAUGCUCCUGGACGACUGCGCCAACGACGUAACCCGCGCGCUCUCCACCGUCGCGUGGCGCGGCGUCGACGGGCCGGCUCAGGACCUCCAGGCCUGGCUGAGCGCGGUGAUCACGUUCCAGGGCUCCUGCGUCGACAUGUUCCCCAAGGGCGAUGUCCGCGUCCAGAUCAAGGAGAUCAUGGAGAAGGCGCGGGAGAUCUCGAGCAAUGCCAUCGCCAUCAUCCAGCAGGGCGCUGCCCUCGCCGCCAUGCUCGAAAUCGACGCCGGCGCCGAAGUCACCCUCGCCAAGGACGCGGACGACGACGACGACGACGACGACAAGGACGACAACGACGAUACCCCCGCCGAGCAAAGCGACGGCGAGCGCCAGCUCCAGGAGUCCGUGUCCGACGUCCCCACGUGGGUGCCCAGCGAGGACCGGAGGAUUCUCGAAGAGGCGGAAGAAGAACGCAAUGGCGUGCUCACGCCGAACGUGACAGUGGCCAAGGAUGGCUCCGGCGCCUUCACAAACAUCUCGGCCGCCUUGGACGCGUUGCCGAAGAAUUACAGCGGGAGGUAUGUGAUUUACAUCAAGGAAGCGGUGGACGGAGACAGGUUCAUGGCGGUGAAGAUGGGGAUCCGGAACACGGCGGGGGACGAGAAGCAGCAGGCGAUUGCGGUGCGCGUGAAGGGCGACCGGGCCGUCUUCUUCAACUGCCGGAUCGACGGGCACCAGGACACGCUCUUCGCGCAGGCCUACCGCCAGUACUACCGCAGCUGCAUUGUCUCCGGCACCGUGGACUUCAUCUUCGGCGACGCGGCCGCCGUGUUCCAGCGCUGCGUGCUGCUCGUCAAGGACCCGCUCCCGGGGAAGCCUGGCGUGGUGACCGCGCACGGCCGCCGCGACCGGCAGCAGACCACCGGCUUCGUCCUGCACCGGACCCGCAUCGUGGCCGAUGAGGCCCUCGCCAGCAAGUCGUCGACGGUGAAGACCUUCCUGGGGCGGCCGUGGAAGGAGUUCUCGAGGGUGGUGGUGAUCGAGUCGGUGAUCGACGGGUUCGUGCACGCGCAGGGGUACAUGCCGUGGGAGGGCAAGAACAACCUGGGCACGGCGUUCUACGGCGAGUACGCCAACGUCGGGGACGGCGCCAACAUCACGGCGCGUGAGGAGAUGAAGGGGUUCCACGUGCUCAACAAGGAGAAGUCCAAGGUGUUCACGGUGGAGCGCUUCCUGAACGGCGGCGAGUGGAUACCGGAGACGGGCACGCCGGUGAGGCUAGGGCUGUUCGGCUGAGAUAUACAGAUGGGUGGAGUGUGUUCAUCGAUCCGUGUGUACGAAUGCGUUGUUAGGUUCACCUGUAAUGUAAUGUAUGUACAAAAUACAGUCAAAAUAGUGACCUCAAAAGAGAAGUGCCUACUG